UCAAUCUCUCACUCUAAGCUGUUUUAAGUUCUUGUUACUUCUCUGCAAUAAAAGUGCUUUUUCCACUUUCUUCCUCUUUGUUAUAUAAGAUGGACUCUCUACCACUUAACUAUGCUGCUUCUUCUUUCUCUCAAGACAGCUAUGUCUCUAAGGAGGGUACUACUACUAACUGGUCUUCACCACUUAUGAGAGAAUGUUAUCUUACAAAUAGAAACUUUAAAGAAAACAACAAUAGUGAUGAUGUUGGCGAAAGUAAUGGUUCUGAUUCUGGUAACGGUGUUGAAGAAAACAGUGACCAAAUUAACCUUAAUGAAGAGCACAGCCCUAAUGAGAAUAAUAGUGGACAUUCUAAACUAUGUGCAAGAGGUCAUUGGAGACCUGCAGAAGAUUCUAAGCUCAAAGAACUUGUUGCUCUUUAUGGUCCUCAGAACUGGAACCUCAUUGCUGAGAAGCUACAAGGAAGAUCAGGUAAGAGUUGUAGGCUUAGAUGGUUCAACCAGUUAGAUCCAAGAAUAAACAGAAGAGCUUUCAGUGAAGAAGAGGAAGAAAGACUAAUGCAAGCUCAUAGGAUUUAUGGAAACAAAUGGGCUAUGAUUGCAAGGCUUUUCCCUGGAAGAACUGAUAAUGCAGUGAAGAAUCACUGGCAUGUUAUAAUGGCUAGAAAGUAUAGAGAACAAUCAAGUGCUUACAGAAGAAGGAGACUGAAUCAAUCGGUUUACAAAAGAAUAGAAGAUAACACAAGCUUUGUCUCGAGAGAUAUGGAUCCAGUUUCAUCACCCUAUUGUGCUUUUAACUUCCCAAAUGGCUAUAAUAUGACUAGUUUUCCAUAUGCAUCUUUUCAUGAUGGUGUUGAGUAUUUUAGCCCAAUGAGUUUCUACCAUAAUCAUCCCCAACAUAUGAUGUCAAUGCAACAGCAACAACUAAACAAGAAUCACAAUAAUAGUAAUAAUAUUUUCAGUUUCUCAUCAAAUUCAACCACAGCAGCAACAAGAGCACAGUUAUUGAACAGUGAAGUUUCGCUAUCGUCAGUGGCAACAGAAGAAAGAGAUCAAGUUCUGAUGAGUAAUCCCCCUCCAUCAGAUGCAAUUCCAUUUAUUGAUUUCCUUGGAGUAGGAGCCACAUGAUCAAAUGAUCAAAGUUAUAACCAAAUGAAAAAGCUGCAACGUUUUUCCAUUGAAGGUGCUGAAUAUAGAUGUGGUCCAAUAUUACAAGGAAAACAUUAGAGGUAAACAGAAGGGAUAGUUGCUUCUGUUUGGUCACUGUAUUAGUUGCGUCACUUCUGUUCAUAUCACUUAUAUCUAUUUUCAUUUUUCUCUCUUAUUCACAUG